CAAUGGGUGGUGGGCAAGGCGCUGGCCCCCGUUGCUGAUGGCGUGCUGGAGGCUUGGGGUGCCACCAAGAACUUGGGUCUCAACAUCGAGGCCUUAAGGAUGGAGCUGCUGCUCGUGAAGGCCACCCUCGAAACUGCCAGCUACAAGAAGGUCGAUGGUCCGGCCAUGCAAGUGCUCCUAGGGAAGCUGCGUGACUCGGCGCUCUCCGCCAAGGACUUGUUGGAUGAGCUGGACUACUUCCGCAUCCAUGAUCAGCUCUACGGCACAUACGAUGCUGCAGACCAGCAUGCCAAGGGCGGCAUCCGCGACCUUGCCCUCAACGUUCGUCACGCCGCCAAAGCUGUUGGCAAACUGACAUUUGUAUCUUCAUGCUACUGGUCUGCUGCUAACCCUACAGGUGAUUCUGGAGAAGAUGCAGGACAACGGGCAAGCUGUUGUGCUUGGGCACGUGCUAGGCAGAAGCCACGCGGUAAUUCAUCCGCAACGCCAAAUGCCAAUCAAGAGGUUAGUGUAUGCAUGCCCAAGCUCGUUAAACUUGUCCAUUGAUCAUCUUUCCCACAUGCUCAUGAUGAUUGUUCUGUCUAGCCAACUCUUUGUGGUGCGCCACAAAGAGAAAAACCAGUGCUGGGUUUUAAUAGGGUUGAUUUCUCUGAAAGGAUGAGGCAUAUUGUAGAGCAAUUGCAGCCUGUGCGUAAAGAGUUUACUCAGAUUCUGCAGAGUUGUGACCGUAUAACUAUUCCAGAUAUUGCCCAGAGACGUCCCAUUACUAUCGGUCAAAGUAUAGAGCCAAAAUUGUAUGGGAGGGACCUUAUCAUGGAUGCCAUCAUACGUGACAUGACCAAGGGUAAAUACCUUAGCAAUGAUCUAACUGUGCUUCCGAUUGUUGGUCCAGGGGGAAUUGGAAAAACAACUCUGAUACAACACAUAUAUAGAAACCAACAAGUUCAAAAUCAUUUCCAAGUUGUUAUUUGGGUAUGUGUGUCACUCAGUCUCAAUUUGAAUAAGCUGUUAGAAGAGAUUAAUACAUACAUCCCUCGGGUUGAAGGGGAAAAGGAUGGUAGGGUUGAGGAGCUGAUUGAACAAAUAUUAAAAUCUAAAAGGUUUUUGCUUGUACUGGAUGAUAUGUGGGAGUUUAGUCAUGGGGAUGAUUGGAAAAGGUUAUUGUUGCCACUCAAAACAUCGCAAGCAAUGGGUAGCAUGAUUCUGGUCACAACUAGGUUUCCAAAAAUAACAAACAUGGUUGGAACAGCUAAACAUAUUGAAUUGCAAGGGUUAGAAUCUGAAGAAUUUAGGAAGCUAUUCCUUGCAUUUGUCUUUGGCAAUGAGCCCGUUAGAAGUGAUCAAUUUUUUUGCUCGAGAUUGGAAAUAAGAUAAUGGAAAAACUAAGGGGCUCCCCUCUUGCUGCAAAAACAGUUGGUAUAUUGUUAAGUAAAGACCUUAGUUUGCAUCAUUGGAGAAGUGUCUUAGAAAGUAAAGAAUGGGAGACACAGACCGAUGCCAAUGGCAUUAUGCCUGCAUUGAAGCUUAGUUAUGACCACCUUCCUUUCCAGCAUCAACAAUGUUUCUCCUUUUCUGCAUUGUUUCCUGAAGAUCACAAGUAUAGUGCAACCCAGCUAAUCAACUUAUGGAUUGGACUAGGUAUCUUACAAUCUGGUGCACGAAACCAAACACUUCAACUUACAGGCUCGAACAAUUUAAAGGAUCUGGUGGCAUGGGGAUUUUUCAGAGAGGAGAGUGGUGGUGGGUACCCAUGUUAUGUUGUGCAUGACCUGCUACAUGAUUUAGCAUUGCAAGUUGCGUCUCAUGAAUGUCUUACUGUGCAUCAUUCUAGUGUGAGAUUAGAAGAAAUUAAUCCAAACAUGCACCACUUGUCUAUAAUCAUAGACCAUGUUGAUAAAAUUUCUCUUGAAAAGCUUGAGAGGCAAUUGAGAAAGUUAAAGGCAAGUUUGAAGGUUAAACAGUUGCAUACGUUGUUGUUAUUUGGAGAAGUGGAUGAAAGCUUUGUCAGCAUUCUGGGUGAUUUUUUUAGGGAAGCAAAUGCUCUUCGUGUUCUCCGUUUGGAUAAAAUCUCCUUUUCUGUUGAGUCCAUAUUACACAACUUUUCAAAACUUGUUCAUCUGCGGUACCUAUAUCUGGGGACAAAGUGUGAGAGGGAGAUACAUUUACUACUUACCAUUUCUAGAUUUUAUCAUUUAAGGAUUUUGUGUCUAGGGUCAUGGUGCCAAAACUGUCAUUUGCCCAAAGAGUUGAGCAACCUUGUAAACAUGAGUCGGUUUUAUACACCAGCUAAUGAGUUGCAUUCUGAUAUUGUCAAUGUGGGAAAACUAAGACUCUUAGAAGAGUUGAAGAUAUUUAGAGUCAAUAAAAAAAAUGAAGGAUUUGAACCAAGUCAACUAGAGCAUUUGAUGGACCUAAGGGAGCUUGGCAUCUAUAACGUUGAGAAUAUACACACUGAAGAAGAAGAAGCCAAAACAAAUCUGGGAGAGAAAGUCCACUUGGAGAGGUUAACAUUGGAUUGGGAUAGCGAGCGGUCUAAUGCAGAGCCUGGUGUGGAAGCAGUUGUCCUUGGGAGCCUUCAACCACAUAGAUAUCUUCAGGAGUUGUGCAUUAGAGGGCACAAAGGCUCUUCUUGUCCAACAUGGCUGGGUGAUAAGGUCACUGUUGAAUCUCUUCAUCUCUCUGGUGUGUCUUGGCAAUAUCUCCCUCCUUUGGGGAAGAUGUGGGGCCUUGGUAAAGUAAUAUUGAAACAUAUUGCCGCAUUGGAGGAGUUCGUUAUAGAGCAAAGCUUUUGUAGGCUAAUAAGGCUUGAGCUUGUUGGAUUGGAAAAUUUUGGAAAAUGGGUAGCAUCACAGGAUGCUGAUCAUAUGUUUCCUCUUUUGCAAGUAUUGAUUAUAAAAGACUGCCCUAAACUGUUGGAGCUGCCAUUUGCAAGCCAGAUUGUUUAUCCAUCAGAUCAAGACCGGAAUAUUGAUUGGUUUCCCAAACUGCAAGAGCUUCAGAUAGAGAAGUGUCCAGAACUGUUGUUAGUGGCUCAUAUCCCAUGGACUGAAACUCUGCGUAGUGUGAAUAUAAGUGAUGUAAAGCUACUGGAAAAGCUUUCCUACUCAACAAAUUCCAUCUCUGAAUGCUGUUUGGUAAUUGCGGGAAAAGAUGAUUUGCAGGGCUUAGAUGAGGUGGUAGCAUUCAAUAUCCUGACAUAUCCUGACAUGUCUUGAGAAUCUUGUACUCUGCAAGGGCCCAGCUCUGCAGUCAAAGCACCUUCUGCUGCUGACCUCACUGAAGAAGUUGACUGUACUGGGUUCAGAAGGUGUGAUUGUAGAGGGUUCAGAGGUUGAUGUGGAAUGGCAGCACCCCCUUGAGCAUCUUGUGGUCCGGGGCAAGGAAUCACGUGGGAAGGAAUUGACAGAGCUCCUCACCCACCUCCCAAACCUCUCCCAAUUGGAAAUCAUAGAAUGUGAAAAGAUAACACAACUGGCAGUGGGGUUGGAUGUGCAACAAGCAACGUCAGAAGCAGCAGCUACGGAGGUGGAGGAGAAAGAAGAAGAUGAUUCAGCGCUGCUGCUCUUGCCUGCCCAUCUCUCUGAUUCACUGCAGAUGUUGAGCAUCAUGAGUUGUCCAGAGCUGGUCCUGGUGGACCCCCUUUCAACUUUUCUUCCUGCCAGAGGAGGGCUCCAGGCCCUGCCGUCCCUCAAGAAGUUACAAAUUUGGUCCUGCUCCAAGAUACUAUCCGCAGAGAGUUCUCCAUCCUGCUGCCCUUUUCCAUCCUCCCUGCAACAACUCGUUCUUGAGGGUGUGGAAGGCACGGUGACCCUCGGGCCUCUCCUUACUGCUGGGGGAAAGCUCAUAUGGUUAGUCAUUGGUGGCUGCCCUGGAUUCUUUGUUGGAUGGGAUCAGGAAUUGCAGAAGCUACAGAAUGGAGGAAAAGAGCAGGAACUGCAGCAGCUUGUUUCACCCCUGAAUGGAUGCAAACUGUAGGAGCUCCAUACAGAUGAUGCCAUGGGACUCCUAUUUGUGCCCAUCUGCAACCACCUCUCUUCCUCCCUCACCCUCCUGGGCUUUUCUGGCAACCAAGAGAUGGAGCGCUUUACCAAGGAGCAAGAGGACGCCCUUCACCUCCUCGUAUACCUCCAAAAACUAAAGUUUAUCGACUUUAGCAAGCUUCAAAGCUUCCCUGCAGGGCUGCAAAAGCUCACAAACCUCAAGGAAUUAUCGGUCUACUCAUGUCCUGUUGUCCGUUCGCUGCCAGAGGAUGGCCUCCCCAAAUCACUUCAAGAAUUAAAUGUCAAGUACUGCGGCAACUCGGAGCUAAAACAGCAGUGCGAGGGGUUAGUGGGAAUCAUCCCAAAUAUCAGGCUUUAACCGUGAGACUGAUCCAAGGUCUCAGCCUUGGAGUUCCCCUGUACAUUCUUCUAGCCUUGUACACUUGUCACAUAGAUGAGGGUCUUGUGGCAAGCUUCUUGUACAUAAAUCCGGUGUUCUUCUCAUAGGGUUCAACAUGCUUUUGCAUGUACAUUUGGAUUUUCAUUACUCCUCAAAGAUUCGAUGGUCUACUAAGUAGUUCUGGUGUCAGAAUCUAAUAUAUUACUACCAGAAGCCUUAUUGAUAUUACCAGAAGCCUUCUACCUUCCUGUACACAAAUCUGUUUUCUUUGCAGGUGUUCUUAUGUUUGUACUCGUAGGCUUCUACAUACUUUACAUUUAAAUUUCGGUAGCCAUCACUCAUCGGGACUUCGUGUACACUACUAAAUUGACUGUCGAGGAUCAAUAUAUUACAAUGAAAUGAUUGGAGAAUAAGUCAGCCUUUAGUGUUCUGCUAUUGAUACAAGGUGUUCUUAUGCUUGUUUUCAUAGGCUUCUUUGUACUUUACACUUAAAUUUUGGCCGGCAUCACUCGUCAAGACUUGGUGGGUGUACACGGAAACUUUGGGUGUGAGGAUCAAAAUAUCACCACAUAAUAAGCGAGACUUUUGUGCUUCGCUACUGAUAUUAAGGUAUUCAUCAUGUUUGCGCUGGUAUGGUUCCUGGUAUUUCACGUUUGCAAUUGGUCGCUACGCACAAGACUUGGUGGUGUACCUAUAAAGUUCAGGUUUGAGGAUCAAAAGAAUGGUACACCAGUUUUCAGUUGUUCACUCUUUGCAAUCCUUAUUUCAAAUAACAUAUACUCUCAGAAGCUUACAUCAGUUAUCAUAUCAAUUUAGUUGAUAGAUCAUCUGCUCAGCCACAUGAGAAUGGUACUGUCCAUUGGAUCCAACUUCACAUAUUCAGUGAAGGACAUAUGCCCUAGAGGCAAUAAUAAAGUUAUUAUUUAUUUCCUCAUAUCAUGAUAAAUGUUUAUUAUUCAUGCUAGAAUUGUAUUAACCGGAAACAUGAUACAUGUGUGAAUACAUAGACAAACAUAUAGUCACUAGUAUGCCUCUACUUGACUAGCUCAUUAAUCAAAGAUGG